CCUGGGGCUGCCCGAGGUGAAGGUGACAGGUGGGGGAGGCAGGUGGAGAAUUGGGCCGGUGAGCUCAUGGCAAAGGCGCCCAGCUGGGCGGGGGUGGGAGCUCUGUCCUAUAAAGCCCCUGCAGCUCCUCAUCCCACAGAGGCGGUCAGGGACGACACCAUGGCGGACUCCGAGGCGGUGCAGAGGGCCACAGCGCUCAUCGAGGAGAGGCUGGCACAGGAGGAGAGCCAGAAGGUCCAAGGAGCCGGCCACCAGAAGCUGCCCAUGAACUUGCUGGUGUUAGAGGAUGAGAAGCACCAUGGGGCUCAGAGCAUGGCUUUACAAAAGGUCAAGGGCCAAGAGCGCGUGCGCAAGACAUCCCUGGACCUUCGCCGGGAGAUUAUCGAUGUGGGCGGGAUUCAGAAUCUUAUCGAGCUGCGGAAGAAACGCAAGCAGAAGAAGAGGGAAGCCUUAGCCGGCCCGCAAGAGCCGCCCCCGGAGCCGGAGGAGCUCACCGGCCCUGUGGAUGAAGAGACAUUCCUGAAAGCAGCAGUGGAGGGGAAAAUGAAGGUCAUUGAGAAGUUCCUGGCCGAUGGCGGUUCAGCUGACACCUGUGAUGAGUUCCGCCGGACAGCACUACACAGAGCCUCCCUGGAGGGACACAUGGAAAUCCUGGAGAAGCUUCUGGAGCAUGGGGCCACUGUGGACUUCCAGGAUAGGCUGGACUGCACAGCCAUGCACUGGGCCUGCCGCGGGGGCCACUUGGAAGUAGUGAAGCUCCUGCAGAGCCGGGGAGCAAGCACCAACGUGAGAGAUAAGCUGCUGAGCACCCCGCUGCACGUGGCAGUCCGGACAGGGCACGUGGAGAUUGUGGAACACUUUCUGUCCCUGGGCCUGGACAUCAAUGCCAAAGACAGGGAAGGGGACAGUGCCCUGCACGAUGCUGUGAGGCUCAACCGCUACAAAAUCAUCAAACUGCUGCUCCUGCAUGGGGCCGACAUGAUGACCAAGAACCUGGCAGGAAAGACCCCCACGGACCUGGUGCAGCUCUGGCAGGCUGACACCCGCAAUGCCCUGGAGCAUCCUGAGCUGGGCUUGGAGCAGAAUGGACUGGAGGGCCCUGCUGAGGGUGGGCGGGAGACUCCAGAACCAGUGCCAGUGCAUUUCCACGGCCAGGUUGCCUCUGCGAGGAUCAGCUUCCCCUUGCACUCAGCCCAGGAUCGCUUGCCCCUCGCUGUCACACGAGUCAGUCACGUGGACCUCUGCAGGAGGAGCUUGGCGGGGCGGGGGCGGGGCAGCGAGGGGCGGGGCGACCCCAACUCCAGCUGCUUCGGGUCCGGCCACGCCUCCCGCAGGGCCGGGCAGCCUCAGCCAAUCCGCUGA